UUAUUUGAAAAAUCUAAAUUAGAUGCAUUUCCCGCUCAGAGCAACCCCUCCCCUGCGAGAGAAGUCCAUAAAAUCUAUAUCAUAUUAUUAUAAUUGCGUAGAUCCAUUCCUUCUCUCUCGUUUUCGUCUAAUAAAUCCUCUUCCUCACACAAAAAUUAAUUACAUAACCCUAAACAUCCGUAAUUAAUCUAUCAAACCUCUUCAAUCCAUGUCGGCCUCCUCGGCUCGUCGGUUAAAAGGCCGAAAUGGCGUCGCCGACGCCACAGCAGCUCCAAAACCAACCAAAGCCCUAACUCCAAUCUCAAUCUCAGAUAAAAACCCUAAUUCCACUACUAAAAGGUCGCUCUCCGGCAAAGAGAACCCCGCCAGACCCAACUCUCGGGCCCAGAAGUCCGCAAUUCGGCCAGUGCCACGUGUUGACAAGGCUGCUGUAGGAGAUGGCAGCGAAGGGCGCAUGCGGUGGUCGACGUCAUCGGCCCCAAGAGGUAGGAGUCCAAGCCCUUCUGAAUUUAUUAGGGGUUUUAGGGAUUCUAGGGUUUCCACAGGGGAGAGUGAUAAUCGAGUGGUGUCGAGAGCAGAGAAGAGUGGGAUUAGGGGUUUGAAAGAAAAUGGUGGGUUUAGUGGGGAGUUGAAGAAAAGGAAUGGACUUUGCAAAGGGAAUGAUUUGAGAAUAUUAGAAAGUAAAAAACAGUUACGCGGGCUUAAGGUUUUGAAUGAUAACUGUAAUAAAGAAGUUAACUUGCGAAAAUCAAGAGAGUUUGACUCAAAUUUAGAUUCAAAAGUUGCAAAUGGUGGUAAAUUUGAUAAGGUAUAUGUUGAUAAAUCUGGGUCUGAGGUUAAAUUUGACAGCUUUAAAGACUCUAGUGAGAAAUCUUAUAGUAAAGGUAUGGUUUCGGAGAACUUGAAAGAGAAGGGUUUGAGCGAUGAAGGGAAAGGAAGCAAUGCUGGUGUUAAAUAUCCAAGCAAGCUUCAUGAGAAAUUGGCUUUUUUAGAAGGGAAAGUGAAGAGGAUUGCAUCGGAUAUAAAAAAGACCAAGGAAAUGUUAGAUAUGAAUAACCCUGAUGCAUCCAAGGUGAUACUAUUGAAUAUUCAAGAUAAAAUUUCAGGUAUUGAGAAGGCAAUCGGAAACGAUGCUGGUAGCAGUUCAUCAAAAAGUAGUGGGAAUGAUACUGGAACAAUUGUGGUUGUAGAGAAGAAUGAAAUUGAGAAAGUUGAGAAUGUGAAGAGCCAAGCUAAAGGGUUGAAUACUGAGGAACUUGAAGAAAGACUCAUUCCUCAUCAUAAGUUGCUUAGAAACCGAACAUCGCUGAAGGCACCGAUGGCAAGUUGUCAAAGUCAUAAUGUAUCUAAUGCUGAUGAGUAUGGCUGUGAGUUAAAGGUGGAAGAGAAGUUGUCGAGCCCUAUUGAAGAGAAUCCAAUAGCACUCGAGUUUUUGGAUUCCCUUAGUAAAGAGAAUGGUAAAGUAAUCGUGAGGGAUGCCAAGGUCGAUCUUGAGUCUUUUGAGGUUCAAGAAAUGGGUGAUGGUUCAGCUUCAGGAAACCAAGACUCUUCAAACAUGUUCAAUCCCAAGUGCGAGGAGGACCUUCUUCUUACAACUGACGAAACACUUGAUGAGUUUGAUGAUCAGGAAAAUAGAAAUACAUUCAUAAUUGGCGAGGAAACCGAAGAUACUUGUGUCUAUCAGGUGAAUGAAAUAGGCACCAAAAGUUCAACAGGAGGAUGGUUUGUGUCAGAGGGAGAGUCAGUUCUUACUCAUGAUGAUGGGUCCUGCUCUUUUUACGAUAUUGCUAAUUGUGAGGGGAAGGCUGUAUACAAGCCCCCAGCAGGAGUCUCGCCUAAUAUAUGGAGAGAUUGCUGGAUUAUUCGUGCACCUGGUGCUGAUGGCUGCUCGGGGAGAUAUGUCGUGGCUGCAUCUGCUGGGAAUACUCUUGAUUCAGGCUUUUGUUCAUGGGAUUUCUAUGCCAAAGAUGUGCGAGCUUUUCACAUUGAGGAUGGAGGAACAACUGCCUCAAGAACAGUACUUGGUGCCCUACCCAAUAAUACCACAUCUAGGAGAAAUGCUUUGUCUAGCAUAUUGUUACCAGAAACUCAAAAAUGGUGGUAUAAACCAUGCGGACCUCUUAUGGUCUCUACUGCCAGCUCUCAAAAAGUAGUUAAAAUACAUGAUAUUCGAGAUGGAGAACAAAUAAUGAAAUGGGAGACGCAGAAACCUGUGCUAGCAAUGGAUUAUUCAAGCCCUUUGCAGUGGAGAAACAAAGGGAAAGUGGUUGUGGCUGAGGCAGAAACAAUUUCUGUGUGGGAUGUGAACUCUCUUAAUCCUCAAUCAUUGUUGUCUGUUUCUUUGGCUGGUCGAAAAAUCUUAGCUCUUCACGUGAUCAACACUGAUGCUGAACUAGGUGGUGGGGUUAGGCAAAGAGCAACUUCAGCAGAAGCUGAGGGAAAUGAUGGUGUGUUUUGCACCCCUGAUUCUAUCAAUGUUUUAGACUUUCGCAAUCCAUCUGGUAUAGGUCUCAAGAUACCAAAAAUAGGUGUCAGUGUGCAAUCAGUUUUCACUCGUGGAGAUUCAAUCUACAUUGGCUGUGCCAAUACGAGGCUUGCAGGGAAAAAACAUCCUUGUUCACAAGUGCAACAUUUCUCACUGCGCAAGCAAAGGCUAGUCAACACUUACUCUCUGCCAGAAUCCAAUGCCCACUCGCAUCACUCAGCCAUAACUCAGGUUUGGGGAAACUCAAAACUUGUAAUGGGUGUUUGUGGGCUGGGGCUAUUUGCAUUUGAUGCCUUGAAGGAUGAUGCACUGCAGUCUUUCACUGGCGAUAUUAGCAGUACUCAAAAGGUUAAGGAUGUUAUUGGACCAGAUGACUUGUAUUCCCCGUCUUUCGAUUACUCGGCAUCCUGUGCUCUCCUUAUAUCAAGAGAUCGUCCAGCACUUUGGAAGCAUCUAUUGUAGGUAUUGUUCGUGCCUGAAGCUGGUUUAACAUGUCUAAAAAUAGGACCGUGAAUGUAAAAACAUCCUGUUGUUUAUGUUUUGUUAUCUAUUACAUGCCAUGCUUGAUAUGUAUUUGGGAUUGUUUUCUUAUGAAUACAUUUGGGACAUGUCUCAUUACUAUA